AUGGGGAAAAGAAAACGUUCUUUCCGUCCACCACCUACUUAUGAGACAGGAAAUGAUAAGUUUGACGAUCAAGGUGGAAAAAUAAAGGAGAUCACCACCUGGGACGAUGUAGAGCACGAUUCAGAAGAUGACUAUGAUUUCUUGGAAUUAGAUGGCGAAUCAUUGGAGUCCAGUAUGGUAUUUAUUCAUUAUAAUUUAAUUGACCUUAUUCCACACAUACAACAAUACGAAUAUAAUUUCUCCUUAGAUUGA